AUGCAAGAAACAGCUCUGGCCGAUUCCUGGAGGGUUCUCCAUCCUGAGGACAGGGACUUUACGUUCUACUCACAGGUGCAUCAUGGACAUAGCCGCCUUGAUUACAUCAUGAUAGCGCAUGAAUACUUGCAUCUUCUCCUAUCAUGUGAUAUACAAACGACGGUCUGGUCGGACCACGCCCCGGUCUUAGCCACGAUGCGCUCCCCUCUCUUCAAGCCUAGAAGUAGACAGUGGAGACUGAAUACACAGGUGAUUGAGGACCCCUUGCAACAGGCUGAGACGCGGGAGGUCCUGCAGCAAUAUUUUGCAGAAAACCGCACUCCGGAUACCUCGCCUCAGAUUCGGUGGGAAGCUUAUAAAUGUGUCCUACAGGUCCACUUCAUCAAGAUCUGUACCAAGCGUAAACAGGAGCACAACAACAAACUAAAGGAACUAUACACCCGGGCUUCGUUACUCGAGCAGGUACACAGAUCGGCCGCGACGGACGACAACCACUGCGCACUCUUAGAAGCCAGAAGAGAACUGAAAAACCUCCUAUCCCGGAAUUUUCUAUAUACGCUCUGUAAGUCCCACAGAUUCUAUUACGAGCACUCAAACAAAUGUGGGCGCAUGUUGGCUAGGAUGAUUCAAAAGAAGCGGAGACAGUCCCAAAUCACGAUGCUGCAAACUGCAGGGGCACCCGCCAUACGACGCCCUGAUGGGAUCAUGUCUAGGUUCCUCGAGUUUUACUCUAAGCUCUAUGACCUACCUGCAGCUACUGGCAUGGAGGAGUCGCAACGGAAGAUGACCAGAAUAAGGGAAUACCUGGAGCGAUACGUCUCCCGGAGGCUUACCCAAGCACAGGCGGAGUCCCUGGAUGCCCCCAUUUCCUUAGAGGAGUUGUCGGGUGCCCUUAAGGCCGCAAAAGAAAACAAGGCCCUGGGACCGGAUGGGUUCCCGGUACAAUACCUAUGGACCUUUGGGUAG